UUUUCCCCAUUUUCCAUUGUCAAAGUGUCAUAAUGCAAAUAUUUCAGAUCCCAAAAAUAAUUUCCUUUCAUCUUCUAUCAAAAACUAACAACUUUUAUUCUUCUUUCUUACAUUACUAGCACACAUUUUCCUUAAAAUUGCUUCCCAUGACACCUUCUACACUUUUUCACCCAUUUUCAUCCCUAACCUCAAAGCUUCCCUUUAAGCCUCACUCUCCAUAAAGUCCAUUUCUUUUUGCUAACUCAUUAAAAAUUCUUUCUUUUUUUUCCAUAAAAGGUUAAAUCUUGUGAUGGAUAGAGAUGAAGAUGAGUAUUCUACAUUUGCAGAGGGGGGAGGAACAAGGUACAGUAGUAAUGGUGGUGGAAAAGGUUAUGUGGUUGAUCAAGAAAUGGGAUUUCAUGACCAAGUUAAGGAGUUUCUGAAGGGAGCUGCUGAACUGAGUGUUCAAUUUGGCAAAGGGUGUAGGGAUAUUGUGGUGCAGAGUUUUGGGAGAGAUGAUUCUUUUCUUGUUAAGAAUUUUGGGAGAAGUUCUUAUAUUGGGAAGAAAUUUGGAUGUGGGUAUGAGAGGAUUUGUGAGAAAUUGAAGGUGUUUAAUGAGUAUUUGCCUGAGGAUAAGGAUCCUCUUCAUGCUUGGUCAGUGAUUUGCUUAGUGUUUGUUCUUGCUUUUGCAGUAUUGGGUGCAAGUACUGAACGUGAUACCUCUGCCCAAAUUAUAAAGAAGGUGUUUAUACAUCCUCCUAGUGCUGACCGCAUAUUGCUUCCAGACGGUAGAUACAUGGCAUAUAGGGAACAAGGUGUCCCAGUUGACAGAGCUAGAUUUUCAAUGAUAGACCCGCAUACUUUUCUUUCGUCUCGCCUUGCAGGAAUACCUGGACUUAAGGCUUCACUGUUGGAAGAGUUUGGUAUUUACUUGUUAACGUAUGAUCUUCCGGGUUUUGGAGAGAGUGAUGCUCAUCCAAACAGAAACCUUGAGUCAUCAGCCUUAGAUAUGUUAUUCCUAGCACGAGCUCUCGGUAUUAAGGACAAGUUCUGGGUGAUGGGAUACUCAAGUGGGAGUCCCCAUGCUUGGGCGGCACUUAGAUACAUUCCCGAUAAACUUGCAGGUGCAGCAAUGCUCGCUCCAAUGGUCAAUCCAUAUGAUCCACUAAUGACCAAGAAUGAGAGAAAUGGAAUCUGGGAAAAGUGGAGUCGGAAAAGGAAAUUUAUGUACUUCUUAGCUCGGAGGUUUCCCAUGUUUCUUUCUUAUUUCUACCACCGGAGCUUCCUGUCCGGAAAGCAUGAUCAGAUCGAUACUUUGCUUUCACUGUCACUUGGAAAGAGGGAUAAAGCACUAAUAGGGGAUCCAAUCUAUGAAGAAUUUUGGCAAAGAGACGUAGAAGAAUCAAUCCGACAAGGAAAUGCAAAACCCUUCAUCCAGGAAGCUGUUCUGCAAGUUUCAAAUUGGGGUUUCAGCCUCACAGACAUCAAACUGCAGAAGAAAAAGCAGGGAAAAGGUGUUCUCAAUUGGCUCAAGUUUCUUCUCAUUGGAUCCGAAGACGAGUAUACAGGUUUUCUUGGCCCUAUACACAUUUGGCAGGGUAUGGAUGACAAAGUCGUUCCGCCGCUGAUGACAGAUUUUGUUCAUAGAAUUUUACCAGGUGCUGCGGUGCAUAAGCUGCCGUACGAGGGUCACUUCACGUAUUUCUAUUUUUGCGACGAAUGCCAUCGACAGAUAUUCACUACACUUUUUGGGACUCCACAAGGUCCACUAAAAAACACAAUAGAAGUAAAACAAACUCCAUAUGAAAAUAGUAUGAAGGUUGUUGAAGAAUUAGAUGAUAAGAAUGAAGAACAGAUUAGUGAAAAAGAAGUACAGGUAGAUCAAGAAGAGCAACAGGUACAUCAAACUUUACUAGAGGUUGAUAGUAACGAGAACGAAGAAGUGAACUAUACUACAGUUUAAUAUAAAAAGUUAGUUAUAAUCUUGAAAUUUACCAAUGUACAGAGCAUAGGUUUGCCAUGCGCAAAAGAGAAUCCAUAUCAUUUUGCUUUUGUUUUUGGCUAUUGAAUCAUUGUGAACAAUUAAUACCUAUGUUACAUGGGAACGCCGAAAUGAGAAACGGCAAAAUAACAUUUUUUACAAAAAUAGGCUAUAAAUAUAAAACUUAGGAGUUUCUGAA